CAGCUGAGAAGUAGGUAACAUCACACAUUGAUUUGGAGUGUCGGAAAGCCUUGCGUAUUUAGAAUUUGAUCAUUUCGUGAAUAUUUAUCGUGGCAAAGCGUAGUUACAGCGGACAAAUGUGUGAAAAUGUGUGCUGAGUGAGUGCAAAGAAUUGUGGUGCGUACGUUUUCAGUGUUAAUUGCCUAUUAGUAUGGUGAUAUAGAACAACGAAGCUGUUGGUUAUGCGGUGCUUCUGGACUCGAACAGCCCUUGUUCAACCCUCAUUUCACGACUUUCUCAAAGGAGGGAAGCCCUGUAUGUUUCUACUGUGGAAUUCCCUGCAUUGCGAUCGCUGGCGUAUAAGCCCGUUCAUCGCAGUGAAAACAAAAACAACGAAGAGGGUAUAACGAGACACCCAGAAGACUAAAAAUAAAAAAAAAAAACUCACGAUAAAAACUCAAAUUGUUGAAAAAGCCAAGUGAAUACAAAAUCUCUCAACUGUAGUCUUAUUGUGGUACAUUUUCUUCGUCCCUGUUUUUCGUUCUUUACGUUUACAAUCCCAACCAGUGAAUGUCUUUUCGUUUAAUUCUUUCGUCAAUUUCUUUUUACAAUUCCCCAUACAAAACAGUAUAUCUACAAUAUUUCUUCAAUUCUCCGUAUGACCGGUGAUUUUUGACACAACAGCGCAACUCUUGACGCGCACGUUUCAUGGCGCAAACACGAAUCUCUAGCAUGGCCUAAAACUUCACUUGUCAUCGUCUUGCGAUCGUCUUCAAUUCCCUUUUACGGUUUAUUCUCCGUUGCCAACUUGAGAUUUGUUUUUUUUUUAAUUAUACGGUGUGAAAGUGUAUCGUGUGAAACUUAGAGGAUUAAUUAGUGACAUAAAGUGCUUAUAAGUGACAAAUAAAAAAAAGUGCAAAAAUAUAACGACAAUCGUAUAGAGUGAAGGAGACAUGCACCCGCGCCGGACGGAUGUUGCUGCGAGCGACCUCUUGACCGUCGCGACGGCCACGCUCGUCGAGUGAAAGAACCGGAACCCACGCGCGUACCCAUUAUCAGAGGCACGCGUGAUUGUGCGUUGUGCUUGCACACGCGCAUUUGACCAUCUUUCCCCUUUCCCCCAUUACUUUAUCAUUUAUUUCCUUCCGCUUUUCUCUUUAUCCUUCCCUCUCUUGGACCCCUCUCCAAUCCAUUCCUUUUAGAGCACGCGAGUGCGUGCGACGCAUACUCAAACCUAACCUCUCGUAAUUCGCGUCCUACGGGCACGUGACUACUGGUCGCAAUGCGGCCGGCCGUCGUGCAACUUUUGCUCUCAUGGUGGGCUGUUGCCAUGCUUGGCUUUGCUAUUGCCGCGUGGCAGGAAAACAUCAGGCCGAAGAUGUAUGUGCAGCUUGGUGCUGAAGAUGUAUUUAGGUUUACUGGAAAUGAAACCCAUACAGAUUACUUCCGUUUGGUGCUGCGAGAUGGAAACUACCUCCUAGUUGGCGGACGAAACCUAGUGCACAAUUUAAGUCUAACUGAUCUCACCGAACAGCAGAGGCUGACGUGGUACUCCGUGGAGUCGGAUGUAAAAAUGUGUGUGAUGAAAGGAAAAGAUGAGGAAAAUUGUCAGAAUUAUAUAAGGAUACUAACCAAGACAGGUCCAUCAAAUCUGCUGGUGUGUGCAACAAAUGCAUUUAAACCAAUGUGCCGUGACUACAUUGUGCACAGUGGAAAUUAUACGAUAUCAAGUGAGAAGACGGGUCAAGCAUUAUGUCCGUAUGAUCCACAACAAAACAGUACAUUUGUGUAUGUUGAUGGCGAAUUAUAUACUGGCACAGUUGCUGAUUUUUCAGGAAUGGAUCCAAUUAUAUAUCGAGAACCACUUCAAACCGAACAGUAUGAUUCAAUGAGUUUAAAUGCUCCUAAUUUUGUAAGUUCGAUGACCCAUGGUGACUUUGUAUAUUUUUUUUUCCGAGAAACAGCAGUGGAAUAUAUUAAUUGUGGAAAGGCUGUUUAUUCACGAGUAGCAAGAGUUUGUAAAUAUGACCGAGGCGGUCCUCAUCGUUUUCGUAAUAGAUGGACCUCAUUUCUCAAGUCUCGCCUAAAUUGUUCCAUCACCGGAGAUUUUCCAUUUUACUUCAAUGAAAUACAAUCAACAACUGAUCUCAUUUCUGGCCAAUAUGGCAGUGUAUCAGCACAACUAAUAUAUGGAGCAUUUACAACGCCAGUGAAUAGUAUAAGUGGUUCUGCCGUUUGUGCAUUUUCAUUGCAAAAUAUUUCAGACACGUUUGAAGGAAACUUUAAAGAACAAAGUGCUAUUAAUUCUAACUGGUUGCCGGUUCAGAGUGCCAAAGUACCCGAUCCAAGACCUGGUCAGUGUGUUAAUGAUUCACGAACACUGCCGGAUCUGACGUUGAAUUUUAUUAAGACUCAUUCACUAAUGGACGAAUCAGUGCCAAGUUUCUUUGGCCAGCCUAUAGUCAUUCGUACUAGCUUCCAUUACAGAUUUACUCAAAUCGCAGUAGACCCACAAGUGAAGACGCCAGGAGGGAAAACUUAUGAUGUAUUAUUUAUUGGAACUGACAACGGAAAAGUGAUAAAAGCGAUCAAUGCUGACUCAGCAGACUCACAUGAACGUGUUAGCCCGGUGGUGAUUGAAGAGAUUCAAGCAUUUCCCACGUCAGUUCCUGUACGUGCAAUUAAAGUAAUACGCGCAUCUCAAGCAGGAGAUGGACUAGAAGACGGCCGUCUCGUAGUUGUCGCCGACAGCCAAGUCCAGGCGCUGAGAUUGCAUCGUUGUUAUAGUGACAGGAUAUUAUCUUGUGGGGAAUGUGUUGCUCUUCAAGACCCCUACUGUGCCUGGGAUAAAGAAGAAGGCAAAUGUCGAGCUCUAGUCGGGCCAGCUGCUACUGACGCCACGCGAUUUCUUCAAAGUGUUGCAACUGGCAAUCAUGCAUCUUGCCCGCCAAGCAAAGUUUCUAGUAAAGAUGCUGGUAGUGUUGGUGCUAUCUCGGCCAAUCAAAACAAAUUUCCCCAAGAUUCAAUAAUUUCAAACAAAGACAGCCAAGAAGGAGAAAUAAUAAAUAUAAUGCAAGAUGAAGAGCAAAACAAUUCUGGUCCGGAAGUAUCAGCAGCAGACACUCCAGUGCCUCAAUACUCAGUGGAAACUUUAGUGAUGGCAGUAGUUGCAGGAGCACUAGCGGCACUAUUUGUUGGUUUUGUAGCUGGCUAUUUGUGUGGUCGUAAAUGUCGAAAAGAUGAAGACGACAAUUUACCCUAUCCCGAUACAGAAUACGAAUACUUUGAACAGCGGCAGAAUGUUAAUAGGUUAGCACCUGAACCCAAGUUACUACCUCAAGAGGAAGUGACGUAUGCUGAGCCGGUGUUGAUGCCUCAGCCACCAAAAUUACACUCGCCAAAAGGCACAAUGAGAAAACCACCGCCCACACCAGCGGAAACAUUAUUUCAAUUUCCAGAUGCCUACGGGUUUCGUGGUCCCAGAGACAAUUUUGGCACCUUAAGGUCUCACCAAGGUGAUGCGUAUAGGCGUAAUGAUGGUUUCGCUACUACGCGUAGUGUGAAAAAAGUUUAUCUCUGAGAAACGAGUGAGGAGGGAGGUGGCCGUCACAGAAGUCUAGGACGGCCAGGAAGAAAUCGUCACAAUGCAACAACAGGAAGAAAUCGCGGCGUGACGUCAGGAGGACAAUCGAGUCGUGAGUUGGCAGGUGCAAGAACACUUGAGUCGCCCUCGCCACCAUCAAGUGUCUCGUCGAGUUCUCCAUCGCCUCCCUCCUCGACACCAUCACCUCCACCAGCUUUACUCCCAAUGUCGAUUAACGACGGAUCACCGCCACCACCAACACCACCAUGCAGUUUCAUUUACCGGUCAUAGUCUUCGCGAAACGGUACUACAACGUACGAUAUACUCGAAAUGUACAGCCGUCACUCGGCAUUUUUUUCAAGUUCACGAGUUAUGUGCUUUUAAUUAUUUUUUUCCUAUUACAACAUAACUCGUGUGCUAUUGAAAAAACAUGUUUGAAUUUCAAUAUUUUAUAAAUCAUAUAGACGUAAUAUCAUCCAUGUUUGAGAUGGCGGCUAUUGCACUUGACAGGGGAAACCAGUUUUUAUCGAAAUGCCUGGCUGAUGUUUCAUGUUACUCGGUCAACUGUGCGGCAAAUAACAUUUUUAUAUUUCUUUUGUUGUUUUUUUUUAUUAUUGCUAUUAAUUGACACAUCAACUUUUAAACUAAAAAUACUCAAUUGAUGCAGGAAGUGUUAACAUUUUAAUGAUCGAGCAUUAUUUCGAGUAUCGAAAUGUUCUACCUGACUUAAAUUGAUGGUUAACUACUAAUCAGCUCCACAAUGGUACAUCGAAAGCAUGUACGAAUAAUUAUCCCAGUGUGUUCGCGGGUUGUGUCGUACUCGACAGCAUUCCGAGAAGUCCUUUUCAAAAACUCAAAUGUUUUUUUGCUUGAUGAAAAUCAUAGUUUGUAAGAUAUUUAAAUUUGUGCUAAUGAAAUUUAAUCGAAUAUGUAGCAUAAUAUUUACGAUUUAUUCUAGUUAAAUGUUAGUGAUCUCCACUUUUUAUUAUUAUUUUUAUUUUAUUUUUUUAUAAGCAUGUUAAAUAAUGCAAUAAUCAAUUUAUACACUUAAAAACUUGAAUAAACUUUGUCCGCAGGCGAAAGUCAAUAAGUCAAUUAAUGAUUAAUGUUUUGAGCAAAUAUACAUUAUUAUUUUUAACUGUUUUCUAUUCAUGACAAUGUAAUUGUCAAUGUGAAUUUAAGUUACUAGUCGCUUAUUUUCUCGAAAUUUACUGUUAUAUCAGUCAAAAGCAGUAACGAAAAAAUUCAAGAAAAAUUAAAUCUCCAUAAAUAUAUCCUUGUCAUACAUACCAAAUAUAGAGAGUAAAAGCCUGAUUUAUACAUAUUACUAUAUGUAUAAAGAAACUCAAUUUACUGUAUGAUAGCUAACAUAUACGUACAUUUAAUUACAUUACUCUUCAUCAUCUUAAAACUCUGAAAAUGAUUGGAAUUAGUCUUUAAAUGAAUCUCAACUUUUUUUUAUAUUAAAUCUUAUCUCCAAGAGACUUUGGAUAUUAUAUAUUCAAAAAAUGUUAGAUUAUUUGUUAAUGAUUGCAUUUCUCAGAAAAUUUAUUAAAUUAUCUAAAUUGAUGUAAAGCUUUUUUUACUAUACAAACUCAAUAUUUUUUUAAUUUUCUUACCAGAAAGAAAAAUAAAAGUUUAAAAACAUUGAAAAAGAAUUGUUCAUAAAAUGUGAUUAUAGGAUUCUAAAACCCAUAUGCUACUUUUUAAUUUACUUUUCAAUUUUUAUGUGAUUUUUUUCACCAAAUUAUUUUUUGUCAAAGAAACAACUAUACAUUUAACUAUGAACAUUUGUAACUUAACUGAAUAGUUAUUCAACAAUUGUAAAGAUACUAUGAAAGACUAAAAGCACAUACCGUACUAUAUUUUAAUGUUCUUUUAAAAUGAAAAUUUUAGUUUAUUGUUGAAAUGUGAUAAUUUAAAAAUAUUUUAUUUUGUUAUUUAAUUUUAAACUUAGACUAUCAAAAUUAUAAUUUAUUUCCAAAUGACAUUAUGUAAUUUUUUGUAAUCAUUACAAACUGAUCACCAAUUUUAAAUAUUCGUGAUUUCUUCAAUUUCGAAAAAAUAAAUAAAUGUAUUGAUGUUUUAGCUAUUACAUGUAUGAAACAAAUCAAUAUCAGACUGACUUAAAUCCAAUCAUUGAUGGACGAAAAAAGAACCGAAAUAAGUUGAUGAAAAGUACCGCGGUAAAAAACAAAUUUUUACCAUCUUGUUAUGUUAUGUUACGCAUGAAAUUGUGGAGAUCGCGACGUUAUUUAAAAAAUAAGUUACGAUUGUCAUUGAUAACAAUCGUAAAUAUACCAGUGUUAAUAUUGGAAGAUAGCUGCCGUUAAUUAACUUAGUGCACAUCUCAACUUGUUAAAAUUGCCGGUUUAGUUUAAGUUUGUUUGUACAAUUCAGGAAUACGCGCCUUGAUACUCGCAAAUAUACGUAAUGAUUGAAGAGAAAACCAAAAAUUUUUUUAAAAAAUUAAAAAAAAAUGAAAAAAAAAAAAUU